GUCUCUUUACCCAUCACUAGAGGAUCUGAAAGUGGACAGGGCCAUGCAGGCUCAGUCCACGCAAGUGAUUUCCAGACCACCACCCGCUCUCAUGCAAGCGUCCGCGCCAUCUGCGUCUGCUCCACAAUCAGCCCCAACUUAUACCCCAAUCUGAGGGAACUGAACGAUUACAUGGGCCUGUCACUGACUGACGAGGAGCUGCAGCUUAAUCUCUCACUGGUUCCAUCUGGAGGAAAUGAAGUAGCAGUUCCCAGCACCAUCUCAGGUGGAUUGAUUGCCCCCGUCACUGGUAAUGACAUUGGUCUGAGACGUGCAGAGAUAAAACAUGGAAUUCGGGAGCUGAUCUUAUGCAAGGACGAGAAAGGGAAGGUGGGCCUGAGGUUACGAGCUGUUGACAAGGGAAUAUUUGUCCAGCUGGUCCAGGCUAACUCUCCUGCCUCUCUGGUUGGUUUACGGUUUGGAGAUCAGAUUCUGCAAGUCAACAGCCAAGACUGUGCCGGAUGGAGCACUGACAAGGCACACAAAGCUCUGAAAAAGGCUGGACAGGACCGGAUCAGCAUGAUUGUACGAGACCGGCCAUUCCAGCGCACGGUGACACUGCAGAAGGACAGUGCAGGACAAGUCGGGUUCCUUGUCAAGAAAGGACAAAUCGCAUCACUGGUGAAGGACAGCUCGGCCGCCAGAAAUGGGCUGCUAACCAACCACUACCUGUGUGAAGUCAAUGGGCAGAAUGUCAUAGGACUCAAGGAUCGGCAGAUUGGGGAAGUUUUAGCAUCGAGUGGCCGCAGUGUAACAGUGACGGUGAUCCCAGCAAUUAUAUUCGAGCACAUUAUAAAGAGAAUGUCAUCUGGUGUCAUGAAGAACUCGAUGGAUCACUCUAUCCCAGAAGUGUAA